AUGAGUGGUUAUUGGAUUUCUUACCUCCUGCUCAUUGUUAUCGCCAGUUUUUCCGAUGCUCAGGAUCCAGAGUUGAUCAAACAACUCACUCAUGGGGGUAAAGUGCGAGGUCAAAGGAAACUGGUACAAGUCGAUGGUAAGCAAAUCAGCAUCAACGUCUUUCAUGGAAUACCGUUUGCUCAGCCGCCGGUUGGUGUGAGACGGUUUGCUCCACCACAAAAGCAUCCAGGGUGGUCAGGGAUACGCAAUGCAACUCGCUUACCACCAGCUUGUUGGCAGUACAUCCUGGAAGGGUUCGAUAAAAAUAAUCCGGCUGCCCGGAUGUGGUUGAACAACACGGAAAUGAGUGAGGACUGCUUGUAUUUGAACAUUUGGACGCCAUCAUAUGCAAGUCCGACGAAUCUUUUGCCAGUCAUGGUUUGGAUUUAUGGAGGGGGGUAUACAAGUGGCACCUCCACAUUGGAUGUUUACGAUGCUUCUGUGCUGGUGGCCAAACAUAAGGUCAUUGUCUUGAGCAUGCAAUACCGUGUCGGUGCGCUUGGAUUUCUCCGACUGGACCCUGACUCAGGCGCUGCCAACCCAUUACCGAAUGGUGUACCGAAUGCAAACUCAGUAGCCCGGGGGAAUCAAGGCCUACUGGAUCAGCAAUUAGCACUUGAAUGGAUGCAUGAGAACAUAGCGGAAUUCGGGGGAAAUCCGAAGCACGUUACGGUUUUCGGCGAAUCCUCAGGGGCUGUGAGUGCGUCGAUUCAGUGGUUGUCUCCGUUAGCACAACGCUAUUUUCAACGGGUUAUUCUGCAGUCAGGAAGUGUCUAUGCAAGGUGGGCUUUGGACAGUUUGGGGGAAGCACAUAUGCGUGGUCAACAAUUUGCAGUUGCCUGCGGGUGCACAUCGCCAAGUGUCAACAGGGAAGCCAGCUUAAAAUGUCUACAAAGUUUGCACCCAAUUACCCUGGUGGACAACUUGGACAGUGUGGCGGAAUUCGUGGGACAGAGGCGGCGAGGAAAACUGGUUCAGUUAUUUGAGGAUAGCCAGAAAGUUCCUGAUAAAACGACGCUGUUGAGUUGGGCCGAAUCAAGUAGAAUGUAUUUCGACGUUCCGUUCAAAGCUGUGGUUGAUGGCUAUGUGAUCCCGAAACAACCCGAACAAAUGUUCUCCCCAAAUUUCCAUACAAGCUUACGAAGGAGUCCAGAGCUACUCUUAGGUGUGAACAAGAACGAGGCCAUGUAUUUUCUUCUAUACGGGCUGGCUUUGGGAAAUGGGAGUUUCUUGCAUGAAGACGGAAGUGUACUGCUCCCCGAGGCCAUCCAAUUGGCUGCCGCACGAAGGCCACAGAGCCCAAACGGUCCGUUGGCUGAUUUUCACCGGAUAUCAUCGGCGCAGUUUCUAAGCGAGGAUCAACUCGUGCGGGGAAUAUCUCAGUUGCCAUCAUUCAGUUAUGGACUUCCCGUAGAUACCAGUCAAACUAAUGGCUAUGCUGAUCCGAGUGACAGUAGAAUGACGGCGGAAGCGCUCAUGCAUCGGCUGGACACACUUUGUGGUGAAUUGGAUUUCAUCUGUCCUACGUUAAACUUUGCUGAACAGGUCGCACGAAUCGCCAAUUCUAAGGUCUUUUUGUACGAGAUGCAGCGAAAAACUCUAUCUUGUCCAUUCCCAUCUUGGACUGGAGUUAUGCACGGUUAUGAAAUCGAAUACGUGUUCGGAAUGCCCUAUUCGGAGAAAUUUCAGAAUUCAUUCUAUCGAUUUAAUGUGGAGGAGAAAAAACUGAGCGACGAAAUGAUGAGAAUGUGGACCAAUUUUGCCAAAAGAGGGGAUCCCAACAGAAACGAUGAUGGUACAAUCGGGGCUGUUGUCUGGCCGGCGUACAAAGCUGCGAAGCAACGCGAUCCUGCUCUUGAUUUGGACGACUACAUCAUACUGGACACUCCGAUAAGACGGGGCAAAGACUUACGUCAAGCUGGCUGUCGAUUCUGGCUCCAUGAAAUCCCCACGUUGGUUAAGGAACGGAGGUCAAUGGAUGAUAACGGUUCAUCAUGCAACGAUGCGAUAACAAUAUUCAGUUCCAGGGCAAUUAUCGUCGUAAUCUUCUUUUCAGUCCUGCCAACUAUUCACUACACUGUCCAAUAAAAUUCCAGUGACAGACCAACUGAAACGCUGGCACUGAAACCAACCAAUCAGACCACCACACAAAAGCAGAUGGCAAACCCCGUGUGGACUAUGCGUCGAGGGGUUGCGUCUUUUUACUCAAACACGGGUUUGACUCUGUUUCUCUUGUGUCCUGUUCUCAUAUUCUUUCUGUGAACCUAGGAACAGUAUUUAAGCGCCAAUAUUUUGUCCUGUUUUAGUCUUAUUGAUCUUUUUUUAAGUUAAUUUUCCUCCGCUCAUUCGUCUCCUUCG